AGCCAAAGAAGGAGAAAAGCCCGCAAAGGGGAAGAUCGCCGAGGAGAAAUUCGCCCAAAAGGAGUGGACAGAAGAGGGCAUCGCCCCAAGGGGAGAGACGAGACUCGAAAAAAGAGAAGAGAGAUGAGUGGCAGAGGAGGCCAAUGUUUUUUCAAAGGCAAAGAUACCACACUUUUACGCCCUUGAGGAAAGAUAUGACAGAGGUCCUCGAGGCCAUGGAGCAGAAGACGCCAAGCGAGGAUGUGACUUGGCCAAAGACAAGGUUUACAGGCCCGAUUCGACCUAGGUCGGACAUUUACUGUCGUUUUCAUCGAGAUUACAGUCAUACCACGGAGAACUGUAGACAUUUGAAGGAUGAGAUCGAGAGGUUGAUUCGAGCGGGAUAUUUGAAGGAAUUUGUGUAUUACGAUAGGGUGAAAGGAAAUGGAAGGAGAAGGUGCAGAGAGGAUUCCGAAGAAAGGAGUGAUAGGGAUGAGGAAGGAGAUG